AUGGAUGCUGUUGAUGUCAGUGGGUACUUCCAGGAGAGGUACUAUGAUGAGAAAUUCAUUGACUUCCUGCAGUGGAACUCCGAGAACGGGAAACGGACGAUAUACACGUUGAACACGUACAAUGAUGACACGGUACUGGAGUUGUACAAUGCUGUGAUGCAAUUGCGGACCGUCGUGUUGCCCGAAAUGCGCUCUUUGAAGAAUGUGAACCCGAAGAGACGCAAACGGCGGACCGUCCAAGUGUUGGUGAAGGUGCACGAGACGCUGGAGCGCGAAUUGAAGUUGCUCGUGCGGUUGAUCGACCGGAAGCCACUGAUGAACUGGCUACUGUACCCGCUGUUCACUGUGGCGCGAUCCCUGUACAGCAACGCCAAGAAGUUUGAAGAUGGGACUGCGUACGUGGAGUCCUGUGGCCGAGCCGUGCACCGGUGCUUCACGAUGUGUCUACAGGACAAGAACGAGGAGAAUUGGCGUCUGAACAAGCGGCAAGGUGUGUACUUCUUCGUGGUGCUUGAGUUUCAGAUAUACCACCGGCUGCACAACUACGACAUGAUCAAGAACCUCGUGAAGGCAGUGGAGACGCACCAACGGAUGGGCCAGAUCCCAUCCCCCCGGGACAGUAUGCUGAGCAUGUUCCGCGCCCUCAUGGUCACUUACCACUACUACAUGGGCCUGUAUUUCUGCUCGCAGACGGUGCAGUACGACAAGGCGUACGAAUUCUUGUUGCUGUCGUACUUGGACUGCCCAGCAGCCACCCCCACGACGAGGGGGCCACAAGAGACGAAAAUCCUACGACUACUAUUCCCCUGUGCGCUAGUGUCCCGGCGACUGGUCCUGAAACGCAGAGACCCGUUCCAAGACGCAUUGAUCCGCACGAUAAACCGCGGGGACAUCCCCGGAUUCAAGACCCUCGUGCAAGCGAACGAAUUGCAAUUGCUGAGGGAGGGCACGUACUUGCCCACAAGCAAGCUAGUGCACUUAGUCAACCUACAGUACGUGAAGCGGGCUGUCGAACAACGCACAGGCGGUGGGACACAGGUGCCCCUCCAGACGGUCCCGCAACUCACCGAGUGCGACAUCGCACUGCUCAUCAGCUCCGGGUCCAUCAAAGGAUACCUCUCACACGGCCACGCGUGUCUUGUGCUGAGCAAGACGAACGCCUUCCCACCGUUGCAGCGGCGAUGA